CUCGCUGCCAUCCAGCGCGUCCGACCUGACGACCACCACCGAGUCGUAACCAGCACAGUCGCAACAACCGCUCAAGACAAAUUUCAGCACUUUCGAUUGGAGUACGCUCAACGGUCAAUAGCGCUAUCGGUCCCGCCCAAUCCGAAAUGUCGUUGGGCGUCAACCUGUCCGCUCCGGGCAUCAAGUCAGCCUACGACGCCGUACUAUCCGGCUCCAAGGACUACCUCAUCCUCUCCUACGAGCGAGGAUCCAACGACAUCAAAGUGGAUACGCUUGCCUCUGGCAGUCUAGACGAUGCCUUGUUUGAUUUUAGCGACGGGUCCAUCAUGUACGGUUUCAUACGAGUGGUGGAUCCCAACAGCAAUCUUCCAAAGUACGUCCUGAUCAACUGGUGCGGAGAAGGCGUGCCCGUGAAUCGCAAAGGUCUCUUUCCAAGCCAUUCUGCGGACGUUGCCAAGUUCUUGAGAGGCUAUCAUGUCAGUGUCAAUGCGAGGACGGAAGCUGAUCUGGACGCAAAGGCCAUCAUGAAGAAGGUGGCAGACAGCGGUGGUAGCAAGUACUCGGCUGCUGGCGAUGCUGCAAACACUCAGCGCGGUGGGCGCAUCGAGCCUGUGGGCACGGCAUACACCUCGCGCAAGGACGAUCUAGCCAACAUCCGCGCAAAUGCAGCUGCUACGGCAUCAGCUCCGCCCCCUGCCCCCAGACCCGCAGUGACUCAGCCUUACACUCCUGCUGCUCCUGCAGCACCUCCAGCUCCUGCUGCUCCCGCGACAUCCACUGGCGGCUUUGGUGCUCCCAAGGUUGGCGGAAUUAUCGGUUCUGUACCACCAGCUCCUUCCCAACAGCCUGCCGCGACUGUUGUGCGCUCUGCUGCGCCAGAAGCGCCUGCGAAGCCUGCAGCAGAAGAUCGCAUAGGUCCCGUGGGAACGGCCUACGAGCCGGUCCGAAUCGGAAAGCCCGGCAAGCUGGGAGCCAACAGAUGGAACCCUAGCGCGAAUGCUAGCAGCUCACCUUCGGCCCCCGCCGCAGCUGCUGGACCCGCACCUCGUGCGCCAAGCGGAGGACUCACCUGGAGUCAGAGACAAGAGGCUGCUAAGAAGGAGAGGGAGGAGGAAGAGGCUAGAGUCAAAAGCUUGGCUGGAGCAGCUGCGACUGUGGUGCCUCCCCCGGCUCCAGCUGCUCCUCCAGCACCUGCAGCUCCUCCCGCCCCUCCUGCGCCACCGUCUGCCGAGCCCGACGUCGCUCAAUUGGCGAAACAAGUAGACGACACCAAGUUGGCUCCGCAGACUGCCGAGGCACUUGCCGCACCUGCGAGCGGAGCAGCUGGUCUGCGUGCUGUCGCGGUCUACGACUACGACGCGACAGAAGAGAAUGAGAUCUCGUUCAGAGAAGGCGAUACUAUCACUUCGAUUCAACAGCCGGACGAGGGUUGGUGGAGCGGUGUUGCUCCGGAUGGAAGCGAGGGUCUGUUCCCGGCGACGUACGUCGAGGUGAUCGAAGGGGAGUCUGCUAUCGAUGGCGCGGCAGGAGAAGAGGCUGCACCACCACCUCCUCCACCACCUCCUGCGCCUCCUGCUCCGCCUGCGGCUCCUGCAGCCCCUCCUGUGGCGGCGGAAGAGGUACCUCCUCCACCGCCCCCUCCUCCUCCUCCUCCACCCCCACCAGCAGCUGAGCCAGUCGCUGCAAUUCCUGCUGCGCCUCCCGCACCGCCCGCACCGCCCGCGCCCCCAGCUCCACCAGCGGCGGCAGCUCAAGAGCCAGCUGGUCCGACAGCCACGGCGCUUUACGCCUACGAAGCGGACGAAGAGAACGAGCUUACGCUUCAGGAGGGAGAAACGAUUGUUGGGAUCGUGUUUGAGAGCGAAGAGUGGUGGAGCGGUACCAGCUCGGCUACGGGACAGGCAGGUCUCUUCCCAGCCAACUAUGUCGAGCUGCACGAGUGAGCUCGAUCUUCUCGACGCUGGCCUAGUCCUUGAUUUGCGAAAGGUCGAGGAGAACCGAAGAUACUUUUCGUCUAGGAGAACAGAAAGAAUUCUGGGCAUGAUUUGUUCAGACCUUUUGUCAAGCAAAUAUCAUCGCAUUGCUCGAUCGGUUGCGAGUCGUGACGUGAUGGGCAGCGAGACUUUACAGAAGAGCGCGCCGCGUUGAAGAGACGCGAACAUGUAAAGGGAAACGAGGAAUGCGAGGUCUUGAGCUCGAGAAUCUCUAGAAGAAGAGGCCACUCUCUACAAAUGGUCUUGGGCGAGGGCGGAAAGGCAGGGUCAAAGAACACUCUCAUGGUGUGUUUGCGGUCGGAUUGUUCUGCAUCUACUCGUCAGAGCUGCGCUCGACCGAAUUGGAUCUCGACGUUCCCGCGAGCGUCUUUGAUGAUUCGUAGGGCUCGACCUUGCGGAGCU